UCCGAACCCAACCCGGAAACAAUAAACGAAAACCAGAGACAAACAGAAAGAGAGAAGCCAAGCAUCAAAUAGAUAGCGCGACGCCGAUUUAACGACAGUAAACAGAAUCGUGAUUCUAUAAAAUACACAAUAUAAUUCCUAUCAUCUCCCUAGAUAAUUUUCACCGAAAAUCAUAGCACUGUCUUUUUUCACUUCGUCACUUCGCAUCCUAGGGUUUUCUUUUUCUAUUUUACUGAGGUUAGCGGUAUCCGAAUUUUGGGGGGAUAUCAAUGGGGUUGAUGUUGGUCGUAUACUGAUGUCACUGUUCUGGAUUGUCAUUCGUCAGCUUGCAGAGAUCGAGGCAAUGGCUACGUCGAAAAAGGUGAUUACAAGAGAAGAGUGGGAAAAGAAGCUAAAUGAUGUAAAGAUUAGGAAAGAAGACAUGAAUAAAUUGGUAAUGAACUUUCUUGUCACUGAAGGUUAUGUUGACGCUGCUGAGAAAUUUCGCAAGGAAUCUGGAACUGAACAUAUAGAUCUUGCAACAAUCACUGAUCGCAUGGCUGUUAAGAAGGCUGUACAGAGUGGAAAUGUGGAGGAUGCAAUAGAGAAAGUUAAUGAUUUAAAUCCUGAGAUAUUGGAUACAAAUCCCCAACUUUUUUUCCAUCUACAACAACAGCGGUUGAUAGAGUUGAUACGGAAUGGAAAAGUAGAAGAGGCUUUGGAGUUUGCUCAGGAGGAGCUUGCACCCAGAGGAGAAGAAAAUCAAAGCUUCUUAGAAGAAUUGGAGAGGACAGUUGCCCUGCUGGCUUUUGAAGAUGUCACCAACUGCCCUGUUGGAGAACUUCUGGAUAUUUCACAGCGCCUGAAGACAGCAAGUGAAGUGAACGCGGCCAUCCUAACUAGCCAGAGUCAUGAAAAAGACCCAAAGCUUCCAAGUUUGUUAAAAAUGCUGAUAUGGGCUCAGAACCAACUUGAUGAGAAAGCUGCUUAUCCUCGGAUAAACGAUCUAUCCACUGCCAUGCUUGAAGACCCAGCGGUUUGAAAGGGAGGUCUUGUGGAAGCUGUGGAUUGUCUUAGACUGAACACAUAGAGUUGGAUGGAUUCGUCAAUUUGUACUGUUGUCACAUAAUGACUUUAGGCAGUUAUUUGUUGGAUGUUGUUAGAAUCUGGUUGGUGCUUGUUUUCUUCUUCUGAGAUAUUCAUGGCCCGAGCCCUCUGUGAAAUUGAUUUUUUUAUGCAGUUUGCUUCCAGUAUAAGAUUCCACAUAUUCAAUUGACA